GGGGCGCAGGCGCGGCGGGCGCCGAGGCCCUCCUCUGGAGGGGGGCGGGGCGGACUAGAGGCGGGGUUAGGGAAAGGGACGCGAACACCAGCCAAACUUCCGGUGCCUGCAGAGCGGGGAGCGGCGGUCGCCCAGAUCGCGGCUGCUCGGGCAGAGGCUGCACGGGCAGAGGCUGCAGGGCGGACGCGCGGCCGGGCGCAGCCAUGGUGAAGAUCAGCUUCCAGCCCGCCGUGGCCGGCAUCAAGGGCGACAAGGCCGAUAAGGCUUCGGCCGCGGCCCCGGCCCCGGCCGCCGAGAUCCUGCUGACGCCCGCUCGGGAGGAGCGGGCCCCCCCGCAGCGCUGCAAGAAGGGGAGCUCUGUAGGCGGCGUGUGCUACCUGUCAAUGGGCAUGGUCGUGUUGCUCAUGGGCCUCGUGUUCGCCUCCGUCUACAUCUACAGAUACUUCUUCCUUGCACAGCUGGCCCGAGACAACUUCUUCCACUGUGGGGUUCUCUACGAGGACUCCCUGUCCUCCCAGGUCCGCACGCGGAUGGAGCUGGAGGAGGACGUGAAGAUCUACCUCGAAGAGAACUAUGAGCGCAUCAAUGUGCCGGUGCCCCAGUUCGGCGGCGGUGACCCCGCAGACAUCAUUCAUGACUUCCAGCGGGGGCUCACCGCCUACCAUGACAUCUCCCUGGACAAGUGCUAUGUUAUCGAGCUCAACACCACCAUUGUGCUGCCCCCCCGAAACUUCUGGGAGCUCCUCAUGAACGUGAAGAGAGGGACCUACCUCCCGCAGACGUACAUCAUCCAGGAGGAGAUGGUGGUGACGGAGCACGUCAGCGACAAGGAGGCCCUGGGCUCCUUCAUCUACCACCUGUGCAGCGGGAAGGACACCUACCGGCUGCGGCGCCGGGCCACCCGGAGGCGGAUCAACAAGCGAGGAGCCAAGAACUGCAACGCCAUCCGCCACUUCGAGAACACCUUCGUGGUGGAGACCCUCAUCUGCGGGGUGGUGUGAGGACCGCCCCCUCCAGGCCCCACCCCUGCCCUCUGCCGUGUUUCUCUUCUGGCCACUCUGGCUGUCCUCUUUCCCCUCGCUUAGCUUGUACUUUGGACACCUUUCCAUAGAUGUGACGUGUCUCCUGGUUCCUUUCUAGCCCUGCCCACCUCCCCGUACCAGAGCCGUGACCUCUCGAGGCCCCACCUCUUCCGAGCUCCCGGGUCUGGGGGACAGGAGGGCGCCACCGGGUGGUUGCCGGGGCCGGCCCCCAGCUGCUCUGGCAGCCCAGGGG